AACGCGCCAACCCGAUCAGCUGAAGCAAAGCUGUAGCAAAGCUUGGAAACUAUUUUUGAUCAUCAGAGUUUUGGCCAGUUUUCAAAUAAGCUCCUGUUGCAGGCCAAACGUUAAUAAUCUGAUACCGUUAAUGCAGUAAAAUGCACACAGCUGUCAGACGUGUGUCUGCCUCCAAAUCCUCCAAGAAAUCCAGCACUCAGACAACUAUCAGCAGGUUCUUCACUAAUGCAAGCGAUCGGGCUCAACCAACUGAGCAGAUUAACUGCCAAGACCAACGCCAAGAGGGCAGAGGGAAGAAGAGGUUGUCUGAUGGAGGAGCGUCCACAGAGAAACGAGCCAAACUCGUGGUCAAUGUGGAGCAGGAGAGGGAUGAGGAGUUCACAGUGACCCCCAGCACCUGUAAGACGGUGUCCUCGAAAGCUUGUAUCAGCCAAGCCACCCUCACCAGACUUAAAGACUUCAGCUGCUCAGAGAGCUCAGAGAGUCUACUGCCAGAUCAGACUAUAAAACUGGAGUUGGGGCCUUCAGAUUCGAGAAAAGCUGAAGGUUCUGCCUCACAGCAACACAAUGUUAUCGUGGAAGACGAAAUGGUUGAAGAGGUCAAAGAAGAGCCCAUUAAUAUUAAACAGGAGUUUUCCUUUAAUCAGUAUGCUAAGAAUACUGGGAGCAGGAAAAGUUCAGAAGAGCCUUCUGUUCCCAACAGAAGAACCAAGACCAAUUACACGCCGCUAGAAGAACAGUACAUGGAGAUCAAAAAGCAGCAUGCGGACACAGUGCUUUGCGUCGAGUGUGGGUAUAAAUACAGGUUCUUCGGCGAGGAUGCAGAGAUUGCUGCAAAGGAACUUAAUAUCACUUGUCAUCUGGACCAUAACUUCAUGACAGCCAGCAUCCCUACUCAUCGUCUGUUUGUGCAUGUUCGGCGACUGGUUUCUCAGGGCUACAAGGUUGGUGUAGUGAAGCAGACCGAAACUACAGCCAUCAAAGCGUCCAGCACUAACAAAAGUUCACUCUUCUCACGCCAGCUACAUGCGCUUUACACAAAGUCCACACUUGUGGGAGAAGAUGUGAAUCCUCUGCUAAAGCUGGGAGAUUUGGAGCAGGCUGAAGAUGUGGUGCAGGACAGUGGAAAUAACUAUCUAAUGUGUGUGAGUGAGAGUUUAGACAAACAGAGCAAGGAGCUGACUGUAGGGAUGGUGGUGGUCCAGCCAAGCAUUGGGGACGUGAUGGUGGACUGUUUUAAAGAUAAUACGAGCCAUUCAGAGCUGGAAUCCAGAAUACUGAGAAUACAACCUGUAGAAAUCCUAGUUCCUUCAGAUCUGUCAGAGAGUACUGAGAGGUUAUUACGCAACAUCACUCUCCAGGUAAAUGCUUGUGUUGUGUUGGUCCUGUGA